AUGUGGACAAUUUCUCAGGAAACAAAUUGGGACGAAUUAAAAUGUAUUAUCUCGAAUGGUGAUGGUGUUGAUUGUCGAGAUGCCUUGAUACAAAUCAAAGAUGCCGUCAUUGGUAGUAACAAACAGAAGGGUGCACUCCUCUCGCACGAACUGGUUCCUGUCAUACUCAACACUUGUAUUGAUCAAGAUCAAAGCCCAGACCGGAAAAUGGAUGCACUCGUAAUUUUAGGUUCGUUGGCGAAAGGAUCAGAGGAGCAAGUUGAAAUGCUGGUCAGACAAUAUAAUGUCGUACCAUAUUUGCUGAAGGAAAUUGUUUCCAAGAAUAAUAGUAAAAAAUGUGUUGAAAUAUGUCUGAGCACGUUGCGGUCAAUAUUUGAGCAUCCUUGCGCUCCAAAGGAAAACUUCCUUGCUGAUACGGACGUGUUGAAGCAGUUUUUGCGAUUAGCUUCAGCCAACAGUUCAUUAAAAACACAAAUAUGCAUAACAAGCAUACUUGUAUCCGCAUGUCAGACAAAUGAGGAUCAACUGCGAUUGCUACAAGCUGGAACUUUGCAUAUACUAUCUCGAAUGAUUUGUUAUGACAAUGAAGAUAUACAAAUACCAGCGCUGCGCUGCUUAUCCUGCAUGUGCUAUUCGAAUCGAUCGGUAGCGGACAAUAUUUGUGUUAUUAGUUUUCAAGGCAGAUCAUUACCCGAUAUCCUGAAUUCGCUUAUGUCGAGACUAUUUUGCCCAGAAAUACAAUUGUCUGCGGCUAGAUGCUUAACAUAUGUUUACAGGUCGGGUACGUUGCCAUCCACAGACAACAGAAUAUCUCAAAAAGCGCUUCCCACCUUAGCCCGCUUAUGUGCCGAAAGUUUUGAUCAUUCAAUUCGAGCUUCUGCUUCGGAAACGCUUGCAUAUCUCAUAGAGAUUGACUCCGACCUGCAACGAACAGCGGCCAUAACAAAUCAUUUGCUGAAGUCACUAUCUGAUUUACUGCAAAGUCAAGACCCCUCAGUUAAACAAGCUGCGCUCUGUUGUUUUGCGUCAUUAGGUGCAAAUGAUGAGGCGAUCCGAAAGCGGCUAAUGGAUACUUUCGGGCUGAUCAAUGCUAUAUUGAAUGGUUUGAAGGAUGACAACUCACAGGUCAAACUAGCAGCGAUUAGAUGUCUACAUUCGCUUUCAAGAUCUGUUCAACAGCUGCGUACCACAUUUCAAGAUUACACAAUUUGGGAACCACUGAUGGACAUAUUUGCAACCGAAACGUCUCUUGAAUAUCUGGUUGCUGUAACUUCUACCAUUUGCAAUCUACUAUUAGAAUUUUCACCAUCCAAGGAGCCCAUUAUUAAUGCUGGAAUUAUUGACCGAUUGUGCCAAUACACUAUGCAUGAAGAUCCCUCCCUAAGAUUAAAUAGCAUAUGGGCUUUAAUGAAUAUGUCGUUUCAGUCUGAGCUGUAUGUUAAAACCGAUGUUAUCAAUACUCUUGGAACAAAGCGAAUUUUGGAGUUGUUGAAUGAUCCUGACACUAGGAUUGUGAUGAAAUCAUUAGGGCUGUUAAGAAAUCUAUUGAGUAAAACUCACCAUGUUGAAGUUAUUAUGGGUACACACUCGUCUCAAGUGCUCGAAGCUUUAAAUAAGUUACUAGAAUCCAAACAUUCGGCGGAGGUCAAAGAGCAAGUGUUCUGUAUUAUUGGCAAUAUAGCCGCUGAAGCUGAGAAUGGAGAUUAUAUUAUAAUGGAUAAGAAAAUAAUGGGACACUUGGCUGGAUUUUGGUUCUAUCUCGAUAGAAAACUUCAAGCGGGCGCGCUCUUUGCUAUCUAUAAUCUUGUGCACCGAAAGGACUUGUGGUCAAUGGAAAAGUAUUCUCGUCUAAGUGAAUUGAAUAUCAUUAAACAUAUUUAUGCAUUAAAUAAGAAAACUAUACGGGAGGAACCACAAUGUGAAGACUAUAUAAGCAGAACUUUAAAGCAAAUUGUUAUACAAUGUAAACAUUUCUACCCGGAGAUUUUGCAGUAAAUACUAAAAAAAAAUAUAUACACUAUAAUGUACAUAUGAUUAAUUGUAUUAUUACAACGAUAGUUUUCUGUUUUCAUACAGUUUUUGUUGUUGAAAUAUACUGUAGCGUUUUGAA